AGAUGAUGAGACUUUGGUUUAAAGCACUUAACCGAUACCUUACUUAAAUGCCUAAAAGGCAGGUGUUGUGUCAGUGAUGGCUAUUCCAUGCAAAUUAUGUCCACCAAUAAGUCGCUGUAACCAGCUUAUUGCUACAAUAUAAUAGCCACUUAGGUUGUAAUUCUUGAAAGCCGAAGCUGCAGCAUGGAAUCUGCACUUUGCCUCCGCCAUGGCCACCUGCCCGGUCUAACCCUGCGCAUCCCAAAUUCCCCUGUUAAUGGUGCCGCAAGGGUAAUAACCAUGCCUCACUUCAGCUUUAUCCCAUCAUCCCUUUCACUUAGUAACACUAACCUAUGCAUCUACCGCCGGCUCGGGCAUGCAUUCGGUCCCAUAGUUUGUGCCAUGAAUAGGAACCCAACACCUUGGAGGAUUAAUGAUGAGAGUGACAGCAAAGUUGUGCGAGCUGGGACCGUGGGGGCGUCUCUUAUGUUGGCUUGUGCUCUUGGUAUCAUCAGUUGCGGCUGUAUGAAGAGCCCUAAAGCCAUGGCAAUUUACAACAAUCAGAAGAAACCUGAAGUGGUCUGCGCUAUACAUGAUAUAUACCCAGAGGGUGGUGAAGCCGCACUGAAAUACUUUUCGGAUAUGAUCAGGGUCUAUUCAAGUCAAAAGAAGCCCGCCCAUUUCAAGCUGAACCGUGAUAAAAAGAUUUCAAAGGAGGAGGCUGGUGUCCUAAAGAAUGAGGCAAUGUGGAUGGUGAAAUCUGGAAAGGGUAAUGACGCAGUGGGACUACUGCAAAAAAUAUUAAAGGAGUGCGAUGGUACAGAGUCUAAAUUUUUUGUGGAGAUGGCAUUGGUUGAAGUUCUCAUCUGCCUGGGAAGAUGUGAAGAAGCCUUACAAUACGACUGUAUCAGCUGUCAAAGUACGAGUGGAAUUGCAGAUUUUCGAGUUCCUCUUUUCUCGGCUCUCAUAAAUAAGAUGUUGGGUAACGAGGAAGCCGCGAAGAAAUGCUGGGAAGGAUUCACAGUAGCCUUGGGAAGCGAGGGACCGCAAUCAUGAUCGACCCCAAUAAAGCUCUCACGAGCCCUGCCUUCCCAAUUUACUCACCACAUUUUCCAUUAGGACUACUGCAAACUACAUACAAAAUUAAUAAUUUGGAGCACGCAAGUUGAUCGUGUAUCGUGUAUUUUGAAAAACAUUUCGGAUUGUUCAUUCCUUCCAUUUUUAAUUUAUUUGAAUUAUAUAUGCCUGCCUUUGUAAUUUUCCUAAAUUUGUAGACGUCCAUGACCAUAUAUAAAGCAUAAAGGAAGCUAGCAUAUAUAGCUGAA